GCCUGCGCACUAGGUGUGAAGUAGCUCUAGUCGCUGUAGUCGGGGCUCGGGACCGGCUGCCAUCUUAGCGGAGGGACUGAGGAGUCGUCGCCGCCCCGAGUCCCGGUAACAUGCAUUUCACAGUGGCCUUCUGGAAACAACGCCUUAACCCUAAGAAGUGACUCAGCCAUUGAGAACUUCAGGUCUGCUGUAACAGUACAAGCUGGGCAUGGUGGUUCAUUCCUGCAGUGCCAGACUUUGGAGGCUGAGGAAGGAAGACUGCUGCAAACUUGAGGCCAGCCUGGACUAUAGAGUGAGACUUUAUCUUGUAAAGCCAGGAACAAACAUUCCCUCCGAAAUUACCCUAAAGUUGUGGGGAUGGAAACGUAAUGUUUUGCAGUUCAGGUUUGCUGUCUUAUUGAUGGUAUGUCUGACAGUGGACCACAGCUUGAUUCCAUGGGUAGUCUGACCAUGAAAUCUCAACUUCAGAUCACUGUCAUCUCAGCCAAACUUAAAGAAAAUAAAAAGAAUUGGUUUGGACCAAGUCCUUAUGUAGAAGUCACAGUAGAUGGACAGUCAAAGAAGACAGAAAAAUGCAAUAAUACAAACAGUCCCAAGUGGAAGCAGCCCCUCACAGUUAUUGUUACCCCUACGAGUAAAUUAUGUUUUCGUGUGUGGAGUCACCAGACCCUGAAGUCUGAUGUUUUAUUGGGAACUGCUGGAUUAGAUAUUUAUGAAACAUUAAAGUCAAACAAUAUGAAACUUGAAGAAGUAGUUAUGACUUUGCAGCUUGUAGGUGACAAAGAGCCAACAGAGACGAUGGGAGAUUUGUCAGUUUGUCUUGAUGGGCUGCAAGUAGAAGCUGAGGUUGUUACUAACGGUGAAACGUCAUGCUCCGAGAGUACUACACAGAAUGAUGAUGGCUGCAGAACCAGAGAUGAUACAAGAGUGAGCACAAAUGGAUCAGAGGACCCUGAGGUUGCAGCGUCAGGGGAAAACAAGAGGGCCAAUGGGAACAAUUCUCCGUCCCUUUCAAAUGGUGGUUUUAAGCCUUCUAGACCUCCUAGACCUUCGAGACCACCUCCACCCACCCCACGAAGACCAGCUUCUGUCAAUGGCUCACCAUCCACGAAUUCUGACAGUGAUGGAUCUAGUACAGGCUCCUUGCCACCAACAAAUACAAAUGUAAAUACAAGUACAUCUGAAGGAGCAACAUCUGGAUUAAUAAUUCCUCUUACUAUAUCUGGAGGCUCGGGCCCUAGGCCUCUGAAUACUGUAAGCCAAGCUCCCCUACCACCUGGGUGGGAGCAGAGAGUAGACCAGCAUGGGCGUGUUUACUAUGUAGACCAUGUUGAAAAGCGAACAACAUGGGAUAGACCAGAACCUCUACCUCCUGGCUGGGAACGGCGUGUGGACAAUAUGGGACGUAUUUAUUAUGUUGAUCAUUUCACAAGAACCACAACAUGGCAGAGGCCAACCUUGGAAUCUGUCCGGAACUAUGAACAGUGGCAGCUACAGCGUAGUCAGCUUCAGGGAGCAAUGCAGCAGUUUAACCAGAGAUUCAUCUAUGGGAAUCAAGAUUUGUUUGCUACAUCACAAAACAAAGAAUUUGAUCCGCUUGGUCCGUUGCCCCCUGGAUGGGAGAAGAGAACUGAUAGCAACGGCAGAGUGUAUUUUGUCAACCACAACACUCGGAUUACUCAGUGGGAAGACCCCAGAAGCCAAGGUCAGUUAAAUGAAAAGCCCUUACCAGAAGGCUGGGAAAUGAGAUUCACAGUGGAUGGAAUUCCAUAUUUUGUGGACCACAAUAGAAGAGCAACUACUUAUAUAGAUCCACGAACGGGAAAAUCAGCCUUAGACAAUGGGCCCCAGAUAGCCUAUGUGCGGGACUUCAAGGCAAAAGUUCAGUAUUUCCGGUUCUGGUGCCAGCAACUGGCCAUGCCACAGCAUAUAAAGAUCACAGUGACAAGAAAAACAUUGUUUGAGGAUUCCUUUCAGCAGAUCAUGAGCUUCAGCCCGCAAGACCUGAGAAGACGUUUGUGGGUGAUUUUCCCAGGAGAAGAAGGUUUAGAUUAUGGAGGUGUAGCAAGAGAAUGGUUCUUUCUUUUGUCACAUGAAGUGUUGAACCCAAUGUAUUGCCUGUUUGAAUAUGCAGGGAAGGAUAACUACUGCCUGCAGAUAAACCCCGCUUCUUACAUCAAUCCAGACCACCUGAAAUACUUUCGUUUUAUUGGCAGAUUUAUUGCCAUGGCUCUGUUUCAUGGGAAAUUCAUAGAUACCGGAUUUUCUUUACCAUUCUAUAAACGUAUCCUGAAUAAACCAGUUGGACUGAAGGAUUUAGAAUCUAUUGAUCCAGAAUUUUAUAAUUCGCUCAUCUGGGUUAAAGAAAACAACAUUGAAGAAUGUGGUUUGGAAAUGUACUUCUCAGUUGAUAAAGAAAUUCUAGGUGAAAUUAAGAGUCAUGAUUUGAAACCCAAUGGUGGCAAUAUUCUUGUGACAGAAGAAAACAAGGAGGAAUACAUCAGGAUGGUAGCUGAGUGGAGGUUGUCUCGAGGUGUUGAAGAACAGACACAAGCUUUCUUUGAGGGCUUUAAUGAAAUUCUUCCUCAGCAAUAUUUGCAAUAUUUUGAUGCGAAGGAAUUAGAGGUUCUUCUGUGUGGGAUGCAGGAGAUUGAUUUGAAUGACUGGCAGAGACAUGCCAUCUACCGCCACUACACCAGAACAAGCAAGCAGAUCAUGUGGUUUUGGCAGUUUGUUAAAGAAAUUGAUAAUGAGAAGAGGAUGAGACUUCUGCAGUUUGUUACUGGAACCUGCCGAUUGCCAGUGGGAGGAUUUGCUGACCUUAUGGGGAGUAAUGGACCACAGAAGUUCUGCAUCGAAAAAGUUGGCAAAGAAAAUUGGUUACCCAGAAGCCAUACUUGUUUUAACCGCCUGGACCUCCCACCUUACAAGAGCUAUGAGCAACUGAAGGAAAAGCUGUUAUUUGCCAUUGAAGAAACUGAAGGAUUUGGACAAGAGUAAUUGUUUAGACCUUAAGCCACCAGAGGCCAGGGACUUGUCUGCAGUGUCUGUCCCCUUCCUUCUCUGCCUGUUGCACAUCUUAUUGUAAACUUGGACUGUGACUAGAGAGUUACCUGAGAGUAAGUAAAUUAAUGUUAUCGUUGAGAUCUUCCAGUCAUUCUGGAUUUCUACUCAACGUUUCCAGAAAGCAGAUCUACAAACUGUAGUCAGAAACUUAACAUGAGAUUUAACACAGCGAGGAAAUUUCCCUCGUCUUAUUCCACUAGAUUGUUCCCUUAACAACAGUUUGCUGUAUGUCCGAAGUCUCACUUGGGCAUAGGUCUCUUAGUGGGUAUUGUAAAGGAUUCUGCAGGGACAUCUCGGAAACGCAAUACACAAGGUCUUCCUGUAAAGCCUCGCUCAGAGGUGCAAGCUUAACUCAGUGUCUGGGCACAUGAGCAGCUGCUGCUUGUGCUCUCCGCUCGUCCCAGCCUGGCCUGACUGUUGUUUUUCAUUCCUGGAGCAUGAAUCAGUGCACCAUUCUGAUGCUAUUCCUGGAAGUGAUGCAGGACUUGCAUUUUUCUACAAAGUAGUUUUGUCUAUUUGAAUUCAGGGAAAACUUGGUCCCCGCCAACAUAUGACCAUACCUCUCUUCAUUCAGUUUGUAAUUGUUCUAUUGCCUUGCAAAUACUAAACUUUACAAACAGUAUCAGCACUGUGGUUCCUUCACGUUUUUAGAAAUUAACCUAGAAUUAAAAUAAGUUCAGAUGAAUUCAUCUAAGAUCAUUCUUGAUUUUUUUAAAUCCUACACAUAAAUUGAAGCUUUAUGGUGUUGAAGUAAUCCAACACCUUAGUUACAUUUCAUUUUUGCUAAACUAUUCAAGUUGCAACCAUUUCCUAACACAAAUGGAGGUCAGUGGUGCAGACUCUGCAGUCACAACAGCGUCCAGCAGCCACACAGCUGCGCUGUCUUCACACUCCACUCCUGACACAGGAGCAGCCGUGUCUACCCUCUUACAUGGUCCUGAUCUACAAUAUUUUUCUCUCCCCUAAAAAUUGUAGAUUUCCCUUUUCUUUCCAUGACUCCUUUAUCUUAGGCUGCUCCUUUAGUAACUGAUGAAUGCACUUUGACCUUCUCUGUAGGUCAUUUACCUUGGCUUAGCAUUAGACUGUGAGGAUGGUUGCUGCCCAGACUUUAUGGGCAGCAAGAUGAAACCUCAGCCAGGUGAGUCCCUAUUGUAGCCAAAUCCCAAAAUUAGCCUUAUUUCUCUAAUGGGGACCUUGAAAUGUGUUGGUGGCAUAGCAUAAAGCCAAGAACACCAAGUGUGACAAACCCCUGUCCCAUAGGAAAGAAAGUGUUUCUGUGUCCCUAGCUGCUCAUCCUGUUCUCAUCCUGGGACAGUUUGAACUCGUGCAGCUGUGCUCCUUAACACUGCCAUCCUCAGCAGAGACGUGACAGACGGGUUGCCUCAUGAAGAAGUGAUCAGUGAAGGGAGAGCUCGGCUCCUCCCCAGCCCUCUUUUUACCCUUAUACCACAAGAAAUACAUGUCAUCUCUAGAAGCCCUAGUUCUUUCCAAAGUAGGAAAUCUCUGCCUUUUUGUUGGUAGGGUUAAAAAAAAAUGUAUAUGCUAAUUGCUUUGUCUUACAGAGCGAAUGUCUGCCAACUAUCCAUUCACUACAUAGGCCUGAACUUUGGUAAUAAAUGGCUAUAAAUAUUAAGCCUUCUACAAAGACUUCCUAUUGAAUCCAAUUCUUGUACUAAAACAUAGUUAUCUACCAUAUUCACUAGAGAUUUAUGAGAUUAAAUUAAGAGAUAAUGUAAGAAAAUAGACUUUGUUGAUUCUGCAUAAUGCUUCAUGAUUCAUUUAGGGACCUAGAAAUAUUAUGUGAAAAUGUAUAAAUAUCAUCCAAAAGGCUUUCUGCCCUAUAUUUUUAAAAUACAGAAGUUAUAUUUGAAGUAGUCCUGGCCCUAGUUCUAUAGGGCUUGGCUAUUUAAUAUUUUUAUGGAAGAAACGUUUAGUUCUGGAAAAGGUAAAUGCUUGUAUAUAUUUUUGCAGCCCUGGAGUCUCCCAACUCCAUUUCUUCCUUUAAUUUAAUUGAUCACAUGUAUAUGUCUUCCCUGCUGUGUUAGAAAAACGGGGGCUGGAUAUCCCAGGAGUCAGAGCGUAUAUAAGACAAUGCACCUAAACAGCAGGCACAUUGACCAGAUGCUCUCAAAUUUUGGUCCAAAAUGAGUAUUUGGGAAUAGAUUUAUUGUGAAUGUUUAAUUAGCGAUUUUCCUUAAAUCUGGAUGGACUAAGUUGCUUUUAAGACCUUUUUCUCUGUAAGCAUCGUAAAUGCUAAUCAACCUGUUAAGUUUUUUUUUUUCUUACUGCAUGUUACAUUGAAAUAAAAACAGAGUAAAAUGAG